AUGUCAUCGAACCAGGACCGGAAUGUAGGUUUUUUCAAUUUUUUAGGCAUUUUGUAGCUUUGUAGACUUAUUUUAAAACUAUUUCAGCAUCCUAAAGCAUUAAAAGAUAAUCGGAAUGAAAAGCAGUCAGAUCGAAGAAAGUCGGUGAGUGCCAACGCUUUUUGUUUAAAUUUUAAAAUUUCAAAAUUUUAGAUAACAUUUUUUGAUAAUUUUAUAAUUUUUUAGCUUAAUGUACAAUUUUACCAAUUUUUAUAAGUUUUUAUCAAUUGUAAGCAUUUUGAUCAAGAAAGGGGCCUUUGCAGCCUGCACAAGCUAAGCCGCACGCAGCAAAUCUCGUUCUCUUUGAUUUUUCGAGUAAAAUACAAAAUUUUAAAAUUUUGGAAAAUUUAAUGGUUGCUUUUUAAUAUUUUACAUUUUCAGAAGCCAAAGGGUCAUGGUUCGAAAGGUAAGGCGACUUUUUUACAUCUCUUAUAUUGUUUUAGGUUAAAUAGGACGUUUUUGGUCUAAAAUUGUCGAUUUUUGGUUGAUAAACUAUAGAUUAUCUGGCCACAAGCCUUGCUUUAUGUAGUACAAAUCUUAUUUUUGGUAAAGAAGGUAAUUUAAGGUCAUAAAAACUUUGUUUUAGCUAGUCAACCAAGAGUUAUUUUCGAAAUUUAGGGAAAAAUUAAUGUUUUGGUGGAAUUUUUGAUGUUUUACAGUUUUAUUUGAUAUCUGAUCACGUUUUUCAUGUUUUAGAAGAUAGCUGAGCUUAUUAUCUUGAUUUUAUAGCUUUUCUUUAUUUGUUUUUCCUAACGUUGCAUUAAAUUUACCUUGUUUUAGAAGGUCGACGUGUGCCCAAUGAAAGUCCCGACGAUAUGCCUUCGGAGGACAAAAACAAGCCAAAAAAGUCGAAGAAGAAGAUAAAGAGAAGGAAGAAGAAAGACAAAGAUUACAAGGAUCUUGUAAGUUUGUUUUAUUAUUGUUUUUUGAAUUUAGGACUUGAACAUUGGAAGGCAAGGUUAAUAUGAUGUUUCUUCAAUGUUUUUUGAUAAAGACGUUAAGUUUUGAUUAAUAAGCAGGAAGAAAAAUAUUUCAAAAGGUUUAAAAAAGAUUUUAGGUAACAAAAAUUUUACAAUUUUGUUUUUUUAGUUCAUUGGCCACGACUACAUCGCCCCCUACGACUUGUACAAAUGGCAAAGAGAACAACAAUUGAAGAAGGCCAAAGCAGCAGCCCAAGCUGAUCCCAAAUCUGGCGAAGUGAAAACAGCUGAAGCCGAGAAGCGUCGCAAGGCUCCAAAGCCGAAACCAAAGCCAAUUGGCAAUGAUAAGACGAUCACUGUGGAAAAACAACCAACCAGCUCGGAACAACCCACCACCGAAGAGAAGCUCACUAGUGUUGAAGUCUCGGACAACGGUGGUACCACACCAACUGGUACAACACCAACUGGUACCACCCCAACUGGUACAACUCCAACUAGUACAUCUAGGACUAAAAAUAAACCACCGACCGGUGAAAUGUCGCCAGAUCAAGUUUCGUUGGAAAAAGAAGAUGAUGAUCAGAAACGGCAGAAGAAGCCAGGAAAAGAUGACCCAAGAGCAAAGAAGCCGGUAAAGCCGGUCUAUGUGCCAGAUAAGGUGGACGAGGAUAAGGUGAUUUCGGCUCAAAAGCGAAAGAAACCUAAACACCCUAAGGACAAAAAGAAACUGAUUAAACUUGUUACGUAAGGUUUUUUAUUGGAAAAUUGAAACUUCAGGUAAAGAAUGAGCAAGAAAAUAGUACUUUAGGUAACAAAUUACAAUUUAGGGAAAAAAUAUAGUUUUAGGUAAUAAAACAUUUAAAAUAUAGUACUAGGCUUUAGGUAGUAAACCAAAAAGAUUUUUUUUUACAUUUUUAAUGUUUACAUUACCUUUUUCAGGACGAUUCAGCGAAAAGACCCUUUAAAGCUACCCAGAAUAAAAUACGCUAAUAGGUAUGCCACGCCAACGGUAAGUUCUGUCGUUUAAAAUAAGGUUUUUAGAUUGUGUAAGGUUUUUUUGGCUUUAUUGCUUUAAAAUGACUAAAACAAGGCUUUUUAUUACCUAAAAACACCUAAAUUAAGGUUUUUGUUACCUAAAAAGCCGGUAUUUGGUCGAAUUUUUGAAUUUUAAAAUGAAUUUCAAGCUCUUUUUUAUUUGAAACCUUGAUUUUGUUACCUAAUUUUGCCAUUUGAACCCUGAUUUCAACGUUAUAGAUGGACGACGUGAAGAGCGACUUUGGCGACGACGAUGUUCCGAACAAGGAUCGAGAAGAAUCCCCGCCGAGCUCGGGCAGAAAAAACGAAAAAAUCGAGAAAGCACUCGAGGAGAUACAGAGAAAUGCGCCGCUAGAAGCUGAGAACGAACAAAAACCACCGAAACCAAACAAAAUGCAAAAGACUCAUCGGCUAGGUGAAGUUGGAUGUGAUCCAGAAGAUCGAACAGCCACUCCAGUUACACCACCGAAUGCUACGACGCCAGAAAGUUGUCAUAAGACUUGCACGAGUUCGGGUAAGGGUAGUUUUAUAGAUUUGUUAUGGGCGGGGUAAAAAAUUAGGAAGGGGGGGGGUAAAAAAAUUCUUUUAAAAAUGGUAAAAAAUGUUUAAAUGUUUUUCUAGUUAGGACAGCGAGACAGAAAAACAAUUUUGGAAGGGGUAGAUUUUUUUAGGGGGGGGAAGGGCAACAUUUUUUCGGUAACUAAACUAUGCUGUUUUGCCUUUAUUACCAUCCCUAACUUCAGGUAGCUAUACAACUACUACACCCUCAAGUACCGGCUUUACAUCCUCAAUGACACCGACCAGUGUAUCAGUAACAUCGGAAAGUGGAUCAAGAUCGCCAUUAACACCAGAAGGCGGCAUACCAUCCCAAUACAUCCCACCUUCACCAACGACCAUGGAUCAGAAGUCGGCGACGACUUUGAGUACUGGUUAUCAAUGCAAAUGUUCAGCCACAACUCCACCUGAUACUCUUCAGUAUGGUGCUCCGCUGGGUGCUCCACAGCGUCGUACUUCUCCGCAUGGUACUACCGUUCAGCCUGGUACUUCUCCGCAUGGUACCUCUCCGCAUGAUCCUCAACAGCAUGGUACUCAUCCGCAUGAAUCGUCCUCGAGUUCGGAUCAGAAGUCUCCAAUGGUUACACACUCUCAAAACUCAUUGGUGGAAUUCAAAAAGGAUCAGAAGCCUCUAAAGCCACUAAAACAACUGACUAAAGAGGACUCGAAACCUACUCCACAAGUAAUGAAAGCACCGGUACCACCUUCUCCACAACAUCCAGAUGAAGGCGAAAACGAUCCGGACGAACCUCAUGAGUGA